ACGAGGAGUCGAGCUGUCGCGCAACUUCACGUGUCACACAGUGCACACGUCGGCGAUCGUCGCAAGGGAUUCGGGCCAUUGUAUACAUUGUACACGCUUGAGUACGCCGGAUACGUCCGUACAGUGCACGGAGCAAACCUGUCUCGCCGUUUUCUUUCUCGGAGAAAUCUCACAAACUAUUAUAACUACAAUGGCACCGAAACAGAGGAUGCGCAUCGCCAACGAGAAGGCAACAAAAAACAUCACGCUACGCGGAAACGUUCCCAAAUCGUCGAAAUCGCAAGAAGAAGGAUCUCCAGUCGGACCUUGGCUCUUAGCACUGUUUCUCUUUGUUGUUUGUGGAUCUGCUGUAUUUCAAAUCAUCCAAAGUAUCAGAAUGGGUUAAAGAGAAGAAAGGUGAAAGCUGCUGCUGUUAAGACGACAAAAUGUUUACAUCUCAUCGAUAUAUGCAAAAGAGACUAACAGACUGUUUUGACAUAGAUUGUAAAAAAGAAGAGAGAUAUUGCGGGACACAGAACAUACCCACAAUGACAAAAUUUAGACAGUAACUGGAAAAUUACUUUCCUUUCGCAGAAAGCUCAAAGAUUUAUUUAUAACACUUAGCAUUUAUAAGCGUUUAACUUAAUUAUGCUACGCAUAGACGAAAGGAGAAUACUCACACGUACAAAUGAUAUUGUUUAGUAAGAAAAACUUGUCAAUCAAACAUAUAAAUUGAAAAAGAGAAUAAAUUAUUUGUUUUUAUAUUUAAUUCUUUACUGUGAUUUGAACAUUUGAAAUAGUAUUUCUGUUAAUAUAAUUUUUUCCGCACUAUGAAAUGUAUUCUUUCGUCCAUGUGUAUGUAGUGAAUAAUUGUACAUAAAUGAAUGAUUUAUCAAAUUUCUUAGCAAGUUUGUCCAACAAGUAGUGCAUGGACUCGACUUUCAUAGUUGGACGAGCCUGCUCUAAAGCAUUCCACUGUAAGCAGUUGGUAGCUUUUUGUUAUAAUGGCCUUUGUACGACGUUUAGGCAUUUUAGGCGAGACGCACCAUAGGUCAUUAUAUACUUAUACAAAUAUAUAUUAUGAUAUACACAAACAUCAAAGAAAUGAUUUGUCUAUAUGAAAUAUUUGCUACUGACAGUACAUUGUCUCUUUUAAUAAAUUACAUUAUCAAUAAAGAUACAUAUUGUUUUACA